AUGCCGAUGAUCUACCUUUACGUCGAAGUACUCGCAAACAUCCGACAGGCAAAUCUUUACGCGUCGUUGGAGACACAUAAGAACGAACACACAAAAAUAGACAUUGCCUCGGACAAGAAGACCAUAACAGUAUCUCACGAUGGAGAGUCUGCCAGUAUCUAUCUUCCAACCGAGAUUGGCGGUACUGCUGAGGUCAGCAUUCCCGUUGAUCGCGGCAAGGAGAUGUCAGUCCGCUUGGAGCUAGCAGACAUCAUGAACAUGCCUUGCGUUGGGAACACAACUGGCGACGAAGCGCCAUGGGCGGCAAAUGACCUGAGUCCUAAUACUCAGCUGCGAUGCCGUGAUUGCAAAACUGAGAUUCUGACGAAUGAGCUACCGCUACAAUUUAAGGCUCUACCAAGUGAGCACUGGGCGGAGAUGAUGGACAUUUGGCACUGUCACAGACCACAAGAUAUCGAGCCAAGUCAGGGAGAGGAUGCCCGACAAGCAGCAGAUUCCAAGGGUUAUGGUGCUUCUACGAAAUUGAAAGCAGCUGCUGGCAUUGCCUUUGUAGAUACUGCAUCCUUCUUAUUCGCUGAACAGAGCUGCAAAGACGUACAGACACACAAUUCCGAACUGCACUGCGCCACCUGCAAAGCCUUACUAGGGGCAAUUGAUGUGUCUGCGGAAGGAUGGAGGUUAUACAAGUCCAGUCUAUCUUUAAGGCCUUCACCGACCGCAGAGUGGCAAUCCUUUCCGCCCGAGAUCUUUAUCUCCUCGCAAUUACUCUCCCUGAUUGGAUCGUCAGCGGCGCGCAAAUUCAUUAUUCAUCCUCAUGAUGAUACCAAGCAAGGCUUGCUGAUCUGGGUCUUUAAUCCAGACAUGCGCUAUUCGAGUUCUCGGAGAUCCGAACUCGUCGUGAGAGCCCUGAAGAUAUUCUAUCAGAAUGCAGAGGAUCCGCAGAAGCUCCUUGAUGAGCACCAGGCCUCCUUCGAAGAACUGCCACUGCCAGCAUCAGUUUUCGACUCUUUGAAGAACGUAUUGAUAGAAAGCACAGAGUUUUUGCCGCCCUCCGCCCGAAAGUUCCAGGAUUGGACGAUUGGCUUGAUAGAUCGAUACGAAAGAAACUCCUCCGACGGGUUGAAAUAUUUUGAUGACGUUACACACAACGUCAUAGAGCGCUCUGGCGAUUAA